AAAGUAUAUUUAACAGAAUGAACAGAGCUCCGAUUGCACUCCGAUCUUCGAUAAGCACUUGAUAACGUUUUCCUUCUUCUCGGAUCAACAAAUUAAUGGAACGAUGAACUCAAGUUCGGGCCUGCAGGUUGCAACAUAACUCGGAUCAUCACUGUUCUCGCUGGCAUCUAUCUUGACCUUUAAGAGAUCACCUCAUUGUCAUGGCUCAAACACCAGAAGCCCAGUGCGUCGGCGUACGAUUUCCAAAACUCACAUUUACCCUGGAUCAAGCGAUACAGUUUGGACCACGCGUCGGUAGGUUGUGCUUGACACGACCGUCUGAUAGUCCAUACAACCAUGUCAUCGAUACCCCAACACCCAAUUUUCUCAUCGGAACAUCUCGUGGUGCAGUUCCACACUUCUCAAGAGACCAUGUUCAUUCAGCGCAUGGCAUUAGCUGGAUUAACGUACCUUUCGAGUCCUUCCUCGAGCAUACACCUCCAGUACCUACUUAUCAAGCGGGACCGCAGCCACUACAUAAUUUCUUGGGAUUCGACAUCUCGAAACACAUCGUUUCGCUUUCGGUUCGUGAUCCUUUGGACGCCCGAGAGAUGCCUCCAAAUGGAAAUUCGCAUGUCUCAGCUUUAUGCAUGCGUGGUGUGAGGAAGGUCACGCCUGCAGACUGGAGAUCCUACGUCCUGACAAUGCAGCCUGAUAUCGCAUUUGCUCUCAGUGACACACCGUUUACUGCACCCCCGCACUCGCAGAGACGUGUGACUAAAAGCAUCGAGCGUAGUGCGACUUGGCUCGCAGAUCUGCUGUGUCCUAUUGGAAACACAAUAGACGACUCACACUCGGAGUUGACUUGUACCCAUCCUUUGAAUGUCUUCGUACACAUGGCUGGUGGUGUCUCGACAUCCGCACGGAGAGCCUUUUCGCACAGCCUCACGGAGACUCUUCAUGGAUUGGAAGCGAACGCCGUGAAACCACUGCGAUGUCUAGAUGAAGGAGUAGCUGGGUAUGCAUUUGACCUAGCCGCAUUUCAUACGAGGCCAGCUCCCCUCUCGGCCAACAACGAUACGUGCAGAGGCAUUGAAUUCGCAGAAAAUCCUUUGAUUCUACAGAACUCAGCAUCGCUGGCUGAAAUGCCAACGCCCAAUACAGUUAGUACACCCACAUCACUCUCGUCCAGCAUGAUCGAGCCUCUUUCCUUCCUCUCCCUGAACCCAACCCUGGAUGAGCUCCUCCGCGCAUCAUUAGAGCCUUUACCAAUCGCAAAGCCACGCCUUGUCACUGAUGUUCGAUCACCUCAUGAAAUUCUGCGUUUGAUCAGAGAUAUUGGAGUCGACGUAUUCGAUGCGGGAUGGGUCGUCAAAGCAGCUGAUAUCGGGGUGGCUCUCGACUUUAUUUUUCCAGUGCCCAGUGGACACGAUGGCGGUCCAGACCAUCGCAAACGCGACAUUGGCCACAACCUAUACGAUGUGAAGUAUGCUCAUGACUUCGCCAGUUUGACAGAUGCCUUCCUCGCUGGCCACAACAGAGCAGCUUCGUCGAUAACUCCCGUCUGCCCCUGUAUUGCAUGCUCUCCAGUUGUCCCCGCGUCUCCUAUCCACCAUAGCAAAGCUGACGCUCAGUCGCACCAAGCGCAUUCAGACGAUGAUGCGAGCCGGGAACAAUUCUUACCUCCUUUCACACGAGCCUACCUACACCACCUCUUACACACCCACGAGAUGUCUGCGCACACGCUCCUCGUUGCACAUAACGUCGCCGUCCUUGAUGCCCUGCUAACUGGUGUGCGAGCAAUUCUCUCAGGGCAUGCUGAUCAAAACGAAGCAGCAGUCGUUUUUGCUCAAGAGGUCACAAGGUUUGAAGAGGUUUAUGAUGGAGCUAUGUCAGUGCUUCAUACCGCCCGAGACAACUGGAAGGCCGUGAAGUACGCAAGGGGCAAAGGAAGAUUGGCGCGGGAGGCACAGAAGGACAAGGAUAAAUGAUGAUCGGUACAUCCUAUUGAAGUACAAUAGGUUUCGGUGCAAUAGUAAAUCCCUCAUGUACAUACUCUAAUUAUCAGGAUGCAUACAUACUCCUACUUUGUAUUGUGAG